AUGAACGCCAUCACAUGCCAUCGCCAAUCGCAUGCCCACGGCGGCUAUCCGUACAGCCUGUCGCACGGCCAUCACCAUAAUAAUAGCAACAAUAACCGCCCUCUCCACAUAGUCCACACUAUUACGCCAACUGCUCUGGGUCCAGGCCCCGGGGAGACUCCAUCGUGCCUGGCCGGGUCCCAGCUCCCUCCAUCCCUUGAGAUUUCCUCUCAUAACCUGAAUGCCUUGUCCGAUACAAAAGCCACCUUGGAACUCACUGAAAUCACUGUGGAUACAUGCACCUCCCCAGUGUCUCAUGAUAUCGCCGACGAUAUGGGGCUGAGUAUGGAGGUAUCUUCCAUCACAGAUCCAAGCGUCACACCAGAAAUAUCUCCCGUUUGCGACAACCCUCGCAUCCCGAAGCGGAAACGAACUUCAUCGCCACCGUCGCCCUCAUCGACAAGUCCCGGAGACUAUCGUCGCUCAUCGUCUCGAAGCACUCGUCGUUCUGCACAGACGGCUCGCCACAGCUCUUUACAUUCUCAUCGCCACGCAGCUACCGUCACGGCCCCUCUCACGCCAUCGGUUCCUAGCAAAGAUCUAGAGACCAAGCGGGAAGAUCUUCUGGCCCUGCACCGGGAAUCCUGCCGUCUAUUUCAAGACAGUGGGCGAACGAUUUCAACUCAGUAUAGAAGAACUUCACUUCCCCCCACUACCCACGAUAGUCCGCCACACACGCUCCGUACCUCGUCAGAGACCUGUUCACCCCCGGUGUCCCCAGUCUUCCCGACCCAAAUUUCUACGGUGAGGGAGGACCUGACGGAUCAAGACAAUCAUAAGGGCCCCUUGCUCCACACUUCGCCCAUCACCAACACCAUCCAUGACGAAAGUUAUAUCCCUUCGAUCCAGGCCUCGGUCACUGUCAUUGACUGGACGUCCCCGUCCACGCGGAGGCGCGAAUACAAAAAGAUCGAUCGUGCCAGUAGUGGGGUAAGGGGCUUCUGGCGCCGGGUUGCCCCCAAGUGGUGCCAGUUCGGACAUGACCGCACACCGUUCUUUGAAGAAAAGGACGGCAAAGGAAACUACGAGGGUAGUGUCCGACGGUUUCGAAUGGACCUCCCCGACGAGCCUGUCCCGGAACGUAAAAUGAAUGCUAUUCGGGCGCUCAAGCUGAAACAAAAGUUGGUGACGACUAAAAUGAGCAGUCGUCGAAAGAGCGAAUAA